GAGAGGGAGGGAGUGCAGGCGGUGGGAUGCACAGGCGGCAAGCAAGUGCAGGCUAGAGAAGAGCAGAGAAGCCUGGCAGAACAAGCACACAGCGGCGGGAGGAGGUGCUGUGAGGACGCAGAUGGAGAGGAUGCAGAAGGCGCACCCGCCGCACCUGCUGGUCUGGCAUCGGCUGCGGCUUGCGGCUGGGCGCCCAAUCACGUGGGGCGCUAG